CUCUGCAACGUACCACGGUUUAAUUAGAAAGGGUAAAAAGAUAAAGACAAAUCCUGAGGCUCGCGCUAAAAUUAUGUACAGAUGGAGAUAAAACAGAGGGAGAACAAGCGAAGGGAGGAACAACACGGAGAAUCAAAACAUAAUGAUAUUCCUAAAUGAGGAGGGAAAUGUUGGAGCGCUCAUUUUAUUAAUCAGAUUGUCAAUUUCACCCCAGAGGCCAAACCCAGGAGCAGACUACAGCAGCCUGUGAUGAAGGAAGGAGGGCAGCUUCUCUCCUCACUCCUCACUCCUCAUCUCUCUCUCCACCUGGAUGUGCUCCUUUGACCGCAGGCCGCCUCCAUCAGCCACUGACAGCCCUCCUGUAUUUAUUUGCUUAUAAACCUGUUACAAGAAAUGAUUAUUCGAGCGGCGUCACGCGCACCUUAAUGACGAGCGACCACUUUCUGAUGAAUGACACUUCGGACCGGAGAGGAUGCGCGGGUCAUUUUGAGCAGUCCUUCGUCGCUCGCAUCGGCAUCCCUCAAUUUUUUGCGUCCUGCACAUAAAAAGGUGAAAUAUUAUUUGGAGAGUAGCAGAGCUGAAUGCAAACUGAGCCCCCGCCGCACCUCGUCGGAGCGCCAUCUCUGGAACUUUGCUUUGCAAACGGCGUGAAGCUUUGAUGAUGGAGAGGAUCAGGAAGGAGAUGAUUCUCAUGGAAAGAGGACUGCACAGCCCAAACGCGGGGAAAAGGCUCUCGAACGUGUCAGACUCGGCGGGGAAUGCAGUGCUGGAGGCCCUGGAGAACCAGCACGGUGGUCGGCUCAGUCCCAGACUAACUUCGGCAUCUCUGCACGCUUCCGUCGGGGAGAUCCCCGGCAAAGGCAAGUUCGAGAUCGACAGCCUGUUCGGCUCGCACCACCACAGCAACGACAACACCUCCUCGGCGGAGAUCAGCUCCUCGGAAAACAGGAAGAAAAUCAUCUUGUAUCCAGAAGUUUCCCAAGACUCAGACAUGAACAGCGAUGUGGAGGUGGGCUGCCCCGCACACCGCUCCCCGGGCUCGGGCAGUGGCAGCCAGCACAAGGAGAACACAAAUAAAGGGUUUUCCGAAGGCAAUUCCGGAAAUACUACAAACUCUCAGCCCGGUCUCAACAGCAACGGUAAUUCGAUAGGCAGCUCCAGUGGCUCUAACACGGAUCAGGUGAGGAGGUACCGGACUGCUUUUACGAGGGAGCAAAUAGGAAGACUGGAGAAGGAGUUUUACAGGGAAAAUUACGUCUCGAGACCGAGAAGAUGUGAACUGGCCGCUGCUUUAAAUCUACCAGAAACAACAAUAAAGGUUUGGUUCCAGAACAGGCGCAUGAAGGAUAAAAGACAACGCCUGGCCAUGUCUUGGCCCCAUCCUGCAGAUCCCAGCUUUUACACCUACAUGAUGACGCACGCGGCCGCCACCGGAAGUCUGCCAUACCCCUUCCAUUCCCACAUGCCCUUGCACUAUUACCCACAUGUAGGUGUGACCGCGGCUGCGGCCGCCGCCGCCGCCACGGGCGCCGCAGCCUCACCUUUCGCCACCUCCAUCCGUCCGCUCGACACCUUCCGGGCGCUCUCGCAUCCGUACUCCCGGCCAGAGCUGCUCUGUAGCUUCAGACACCCGGGACUCUACCAGUCGCCCGCGGGCCUCAAUAGCUCCGCUGCGGCGUCGGCGGCGGCGGCGGCAGCGGCUGCGGCCGCGGCGGUGAGCGCGCCCUCCGGCACCGGGCCGUGCUCGUGCCUCAGCUGUCACAGCAGCCAGGCGGCCAGCGCCCUGGGUUCGAGGAGCGCCAGCACAGACUUCACCUGUACAGCAGGCGGCCAGAGGUCCGAGAGCGGAUUCCUGCCGUACUCCGCGGCUGUGUUGAGCAAGACGUCAGUGCCCUCGCCGGAUCAGAGAGAGGAGGCAUCGCUCAACAGAUAACUAGUAGCGCACGGACGGAGAGAUUAAAAAACACGAACGUCCGAACCGAACGUCCUGUAGUUAGAGUCAGUGCGCUGCCAUAUUUCUCGGUACGAUACUUAAUUUAUGAACUGUUCCUCAUUCCUCCACUUUUAGCGUCCACCUCCAGAGUGA